GGUUCGCUGCGCGCCCCGCGGGGCUCCGCAGGGAGGCGCGGCAAGGAUGAGAGUCCAGCUGGUGUGCGUGGUGCUGCUGGCCCUGGCCUCCUGCAGCCUCUGCUCAGAUUCAGAAGAGGAAAUGAAAGCAUUAGAAGCAGAUUUAUUGACCAAUAUGUACACAUCAAAGAUUAACAGAGCAAAACUUCCUUACUGGAAAAUGACCCUGCUAAAUGUCUGCAAUCUUGUCAACAACAUAAACAACCAAAUGGGGGAAACAGUAGAGGUAGAUGAGGAGGAUCUGGUUCCAGGAAGACAAUUCCCUGCUGCUCUGGAUGGCUUCAGCUUGGAAGCAAUGCUGACAGUAUAUCAACUCCAAAAAGUUUGCCACAGCAGAGCUUUUCAGCAUUGGGAGUUACUUCAGCAAGAUGCUUUUGAUCUAGAAAACUCAAGCCAAGAAAAAGAAAUCAUGAAGAGAAAAAAUCCUUAUAUUCUGAAACGGCAGCUACAUGUGAACAAAGCUAGAAGACCAUACAUACUCAAGAGAAGUUCAUAUUACUGAUGCAGCAGAAGAAAACAAUGUAUAUUUAGUUCAUAGGUAACUGUGCAUUAUGGUUAUCUUAUCUAAAUCUAAAAUCAUACUUGUGUGAAAAUAUACUCUGGAAAAUCAAGAUGAUAACAUAGCUGUGUCUUUUUUGCAAUUGCUGUUUCUUGAUUGUGAAUUUUUCCUACUUGAGAUUAAUUGGACUAAUACAUUUGCGAAUAAAACUAGUUUUUAAGCAUGA